UCACCCAUUUGGUAAAUCUUUCCAUUUUUGGAUAGCUUAGGGUCCCUCAAACCUCUUUAAUGAUUCAACCCCUCUUGCUUUCUCUCUCUUUAUCAUAUUCAUCUCCUGAAAAUCUUAUCUCCAUUUUUUACAAAGAUAGAUCUGAAGAGUUUGAGAGAGAGAGAGAGAUGGCUCGUGGGAAGAUCCAGAUCAAGAAAAUAGAAAACCAAACAAACAGGCAGGUAACCUACUCCAAGAGAAGAAAUGGUUUGUUCAAGAAAGCUCAUGAGCUCACAGUGCUUUGUGAUGCAAAGAUUUCCAUUCUGAUGAUCUCCAGCACUCAGAAGCUUCAUGAAUACAUCAGCCCCACCAUCACGACAAAGCAGAUUUUUGAUGAAUACCAGAAGACUGUUAGGGCUGAUCUUUGGAGCUCCCACUACGAGAAAAUGCAAGAGCACUUGAAGAAACUGAAGGAGAUCAACAGGAAUCUGAAGAAGGAGAUUAGGCAAAGGAUGGGAGAGAGCUUGAACGAUCUGGGGUACGAGCAGAUGGUUAAUCUCAUUGAAAAUAUGGAGACCUCUCUCAAAGUGAUUCGCGAAAAAAAGUACAAAGCCAUCACCGGAAAAAUCGACACCAGCAAGAAAAAGCUAAGGAAUGUUGAAGUAAUACACAGGGGCCUUGUGCUUCAAUUUGAUGCACGACAUGAGGAUCCACACUACGGUCUAGUUGAAAAUGAAGGUGAUUACAAUUCUAUGCUGGGGUUUCAACACGGCGGGCCUAGGAUCAUCGCAGUUCGCCUUCAGCCUAACCACCACCACCACCCUCAUCACCACCACCAUCACCACCACCAUCAUCCUAGCCUUCACAGUGGAACAGGAGCCUCGGACCUCACUACAUUUGCUUUGCUUGAGUAAAUGUUUUCUCAUAUAUAUAGAUAUUGUGUUUGAACGUCGUAGGUCUUGAGAGGGAAAGAAAAAGGAAAGAUCUACAUUUAUUUGUUAUGUUAUCUUUAUAUUGUGUAUGACUAUUGUGGAUCUAUGUCUACUAGGGUUAUAUGUGUGGAAGUAUUAUAUUGUGUCUGAUUUUAUUGUA